AUGGCAUUGUCGCCCCCAGGCAGCCCCAAGACGGCCAGCUGCGGCCAAGGAGACGCCGUUGAUGACGAUGGCCGAACCAUCGAUAUUGGCGGUAGUCGGUUGGCCCAGUCACUGCAUGGCAUGCUGGCGGCCCGCAUGCUCGAUCCCGCCAAGCAAUGCGUCCUGCCCUCGGCUCUACUCUCGGACGACGGCGGAAGCGCGCUGUGGCGCGAGAUCAACCGGCUGCCGGCGUACUACCAGACCCGCGACGAGGUGUUGCUGCUAGAGCUCUACGGCGACGAGAUUGCUGCUCUCAUCGAGCCCGGCGCCGUGCUGAUCGACCUCGGAUGCGGCGACACCAGAAAGGUCCGCCCCCUGCUGGAGAGCCUCGAGCGCUCUGCCAAGAGCGUGGACUACUACGGACUCGACUUGUCGCUCCCCGUGCUCCUGGCCGACGUGCGCAGGCUCGCGUCCGAGUUCAAGCACGUGCGGUGCCACGGCCUGUGGGGGACGUUCGACGACGCGCUGCGCUGGGUCGCCACCACCGAGUCCGUGCAGUCGGCGCCGCGGUGGUUCCUGUCCCUAGGCUCGAUCCUCGGCAACGACUUCCCGGCCCCUGCGGUGGCGCACCUCUCGCGGUGGGCGGCGGUGAUGGGCGACGGCGACCGCAUGCUUGUGGGCAUGGACGCGACGACCGACGAGCGGCGCAUCUGGGACUCGUACCAUGACCGUGCCGGCCUGUUCGAGCGCUUCAUGCGAGGCGGGUUGCAACACUCGAACCGCGUCCUGGGACACGACUGGUACCUCCCCCAGGACUGGGAGGUCGUGGGCGUCAUGUCCAGCGAGUACUGCAUGCAUCGCUUCGUCUUUCGCGCCCUUGUCGACGUCAAGUGCGUCCCCAUCGGCCUCGACUUCCCCGCUGGCCACGAGAUCGACUGCUACGAGGCUUUCAAGUUUGGCCCUGCCGAGAUGUGCCAGAUGUUCCAAGCGUCCGGGCUCCACCAGCAAAGUGUUUUCAAGGCCCCGGGGCCAUCGGCAAUCUGUAAGUAA